UAUUGCGGGCCGACUUUUUUUGAUUUUCCCUUUUUGGCACCUGCGGUCAAUAAAAACUAUCGACUUUUUGCUUGAUUUGCUUGAUCCUGUUGCCUAUGAACCGAAAUACCAAGGAUAACGCUUUAGGAGUACCGAGUCCCACCAUCAACGUUCGCAAUCCUGCCAAUCAAGAUCUUGAUGUUCCCGAGUUUCCCGCUCGUAACGGACCACAGCGACUAGUCGCUGCAGCCACACGGCAACCACGCGGGCGACAGAAGGUUCAUCUGGAACCGGGUCACUCUCCGUUGGAUUGGGCCCGACUCAAAAGCUCAGGACAGAAUUUGCGAGGCGUAUCUCAGUUGGGCCGAUAUACUUUAGACGACGUAAAGCAACACAAAACCCUAGACGAUGCUUGGACCGUCAUUCAGGGAAAGAUUUAUAACAUUACGCCGUACAUGAAAUUCCAUCCGGGCGGUGUAAAAGAUCUGAUGCGCAUUGCUGGAAGAGACGGGACGAAAUUGUUCAUGCUGACCCAUUCUUGGGUAAACGCCGAGUUCAUGCUAGAUGCUUGUCUUGUAGGGUUCCUAGUCCACAGCUAAAACAACCGGAGGAUGAUUGAACAUUAUA